AGGUUUGUUGAGAAGCUUGUUGAAGAGAUCGAAGCCAAACGGGGACUAGAGGGUCGUUAUAAAAAAUUGGCUACGCUGAUGGUUGAGAAACAAACAGAAGCACAGGAGCAGAUUGCUAAAGCAGGUCAAGAACUGCAGACCGUGGUUACUUCUACGAAGGAACUUCAAAAACAACUCGAAGAGGAAAUUUCAAAGAAGUACGAUGGUCGAAGGGUAAACAUCAUGGGAGGAAUAACCGCAGCUCUCGCCAAUCGCUAG